UGUGCUUACUAUUAUCAGUUCACUAUAACUGAAUUAUUUUCUUAUAUUUAUGUGCCAUAAGCAAGUCGUAGGUAUUAGCGCGCACACAUUGUUAUGACAAAAAUUUGCAACGUGAAGAAGGACAUACAACGGAUCUGGCACCAUUUGUAUUGCUUGAGUUGAUCGAAUAGUUAAUCAUUUGUCUGCGGAAGAGAACAAAGCAAACAAACCAGCGGAGAAAAAUGUCAGGCCUCAGGUUAAUGUGUCCCAUUUGUACGGACGAUUUCCAGGAGAACGAUGAUAUAUACUCCACCAGCUGUGGUCAUAUUUAUCAUUUUUCCUGUAUGCGUCAAUGGCAGAGCCGAGCAACAAGUUGCCCCCAGUGCCGUCACCAUAGUCCAACUUCGCAUAAAUUAUACUUAAUUUUUAACGAUGCCCCUGCUGAAAACACCGCUUCGGCUUCUGCUUCUGCCGAAGAUCAAGAGGAUCUGAAUGCAAAAUUGGAAUCCAGCGUGGACAAAAUAAAUGAACUCAAUGCCCAACUACAGGAGGCGGAAAUUAACUUCUAUCACCUGCAAGAACAGUAUACCAUUGAACAGGAGCUGCGCAAAAGAUCCGAUCAAAGAAUUGCUGAGUUCACCAAUAAUGAGGAGAAUUUUCUCAACUUACAUGCCCAAUACUCGGAGAUAGAAACUCGAAUUCAUCUUUUGGAGGAGGAAAAUGAACGUCUUAGUCUUGAAAAUGAAUACAAAGCUGAGGAGAUUUCACGCAAAUCAAGAGAAAUUGCUACUCUGCAAACAAACAGGUUAAGAUUUAAUGAUAACCAACAGCUGCGAGAACAAUUUUCCGACACUGAAUGUCACCUCAGAACUUUGCAAGAGCAAAAUUCAAAUUUAAUUUUGGAAAAUGAGUACAAAUCAAAAGAACUUGCGCUAAAAGUUAAAGAACUAACAGCUCUAAAGACGGCUAGAAAGGGUCACAAUGAUGCCUCUUCGGAUAUUGCUGUCAAUACCAAAGUUAAUGUUCUGGAGCAAAAGCUGAAAUGUAUUACAGUACAACUGGAGAAGGAAAUUGCCAAUAAUAUGCAGCUGUCCAUAGAAAAAAUAAAAUUAAAGAGUCAAAUGCAAAGAUUGGAAAUUCAAAAUAAUAGUAAAGCCUUUUCUAAGACAUCUUUGGCAAAUAAAGCCACAAGUGCAUCGGGGGCUAUAGCUCAGGACACAAAUCCAAAUAGAGCGAUGCAGCACAGUAUUGUGCUACAAAAGUUUCCCUACAAUGAAAUACGUUAUCCAUUGGAGAAUGUAGUUCUAUCCAUUGCGGCCAAAAUAGGUAUACCAAAUGCCAACAUUGAAGAUAUUGUCAAAGUGAACGUACUGGACCGUAUACAUCCGAACAAAAAACCCAAGGAUGUAUGCAUGUAUGUGGAAUUUAGGACAGGGCUUUUGAAAUCUGAAUUUCUUGCCAAAGCGAAUUUAUUGAAAAAUGACGAAACAUUUAAAGGGACAUUUAUAAAGGAGUAUAUCGAUAAGCAGAUACACAACAUAUUUUUAUAUGCUGUCAGAAAUCUACGUGGAGUAGGUUUUCGUUAUAUAGACUGUAAGGCCAAUUGUGUUGUAGCCAAGAGAAACGAGCAAGAAUUUCGACUUUAUAGUAAGAAAAAUGUUGAUGAAUUGUUGUGCAAAGCCAUGAAUUCACCUGCUUCAUUACCAAGGGAAACGGAAGAGAAGAUUGAUGAAGACUACUACAAAACACAAACUUAAUUAGUAUGUUAAUAAAUAUUAUCAAUAUAAUUAUUAUAGGUUAA